UCCUUAAAUUCCGUAAAAAAAAUUUGAUUUACUCUUUGAAAAUUGAAAAAUUUUCUAAAUAGACAAUUUGAUAAACAUGGAUUAUUCUAAUGCUCAAUUAAUAGAUGAUAUAGUUUUGGUGGCAAAAGAAGACUCUAAACAAAAUUUGGAUACAAAUUCAAAUUCAAGUAAGAAGAAUAAAUUAAAAUCUGAGCCAAAUCAUCAUACUUUGAAAGUGGAAAUGCAAACUUUGCAACUGUCUGAACGAUCUGAGAAAUUACUUUAUGAAACUUUAAAUCAAAUUUGUGGAUCUGAUUUUAAAAUUGCUGACCAUUAUGAAUUUGAAAAUAAAAAUACUAAUUUAGGAAAAGAAUAUUGGCUUCAGCGUGGUAAUUUAGUUAUCAAAGGUGUAACUGAUUAUUCAUCCAAAAAGAAAGAUCCGCAAACUUAUGAACAAAUUAUAAGAAAUUUUGCCACAUCAAAAUUAGAAACUUACAAUUUUCAUAGUUCUCACUGUGUUGAAGCAUUGGUACAUGCAGAAGGUCAAAUCGGAAAAGCUUUAGAAAUAUUAUUUUGUAAAUAUUAUAAAAUUGAAAAUUUGCCAAAAAGCAAAAAUUUAAAUAAAUUAGAUUUAAAUGAUCUACUUCAACGAAGAACUGAAGAAAAAGAAGCUCUUGAAUCAAUAUAUGGAGAUGCUUUCAUAGAAAAAAUAAAAAACCAAGUUUGGAUUAUUAAAAUGAAAUUGGGUUAUUUAAUUAAUGAGAAUGAAGAAAAUAUUAAAAAUAAAUCUAAUUUAUUUCAAAAAGAUAUAUGUCGACUUUAUUUACAAGGAAAAUGUAGGUUUGGAAUCAAGUGUAGAUAUAUUCAUCAACAGCCUCAAUCUAUUGAAAAAUCUAAAACAAAAAAAGAUACUUAUUUUAUUUUGGAGAUCAGAUUCCCAGAAGAUUGUAAAUAUCCAUAUGAGCCUCCUUAUUUUUAUCUACAUACAAAUGAGGCAUCAUUUUCAAAUUUAAAUUGCUUAAGAAUAGCAAGAAAAUUAUAUAAUGAAGCUUUGGUAUUUUGUGAAAAUGGAAUACCAUAUAUAUUUUCAUUAAUUUCUUUAUUAGAAAACGAACAUGAAAUUCAUUCUUAUCUAAAAAAUAAUAAAGAAUAUUUUUUAGAUCAAUACAAAUGUUUAUUUCCAAAAUUUAUAGAAAAAGAAAAUGAUGGACCUUCACAUUAUAAAAAAGGUUCAAUAAAUAAAAAGAAUCGUAAUGAAAUAGCAAUAAGCAACAUUAUUAAACAAAAUAAUCAAAUUAAAAUCAAAUUUAUCAAUAAACAAAAAAAUUUGCAAUAUUUAAAAAUGAUGGAAGCAAGAAGAAAACUACCUGCUUGGACGAAAAUUCAAGAAGUAUUAAAAAUUAUUUAUGAAAAUCAAGUUACAAUAGUUUCAGGUGAAACUGGUUGUGGUAAAAGUACACAGAUUCCUCAAUUUAUUUUUGAUGACUGGAUUAUCAAUGCGACUAAAGAACAUGAACAUAUAGAAAUUAUUUGCACUCAACCCCGUAGAAUAAGUGCAAUCGGAGUAGCUGAAAGGGUGGCUGCUGAAAGAAACGAAUGUGUAGGUGAUACGGUUGGAUAUCAAAUAAGAUUGGAAAGUAAAGUAUCAGAUAAUACAAGAUUAAUAUUCUGUACAACAGGAAUUUUGCUACAGAGAUUGUCUACCGAUCCACAGUUAAAAUCUGUUACUCAUAUAAUUAUUGAUGAAGUUCAUGAAAGAAAUGCAGAAAGUGAUUUCUUAUUAAUGAUUUUAAAACAGCUUCUUCAACAAAGACCAAACUUAAAAUUAAUUUUAAUGAGCGCAACAUUAACAACUGAUAUAUUUUCUACAUAUUUUGGCAAAAUUCCAGUUUUGGAUAUUCCAGGUAGAAUUUUUCCUGUAAAGCAAUACUUUUUAGAAGAUAUAAUGGAAAUUUCUAAUUAUGUUCUUCAAGAAGAUUCAAAAUAUACUAGAAAAGUUAAAGAUAGUUUUGAACUUUUAAAUAUUCAUGUAGAAAAAUCCAAUCCUAAAAUAUUAACUUCAAUUAUACCAAAAGAUAAGGUUCUAGAUGAAAAUUUAACAUUACCUGAAAUAGUUGGACGAUAUUCUAAAUAUUCUAUGAUAACUCAUAAAAAUCUGUAUAUAAUGGACCAUGAGAAAAUAAAUUUUGAAUUGAUAGAGAAGGUAAUAGAAUGGAUCGUUGAUGGUUGUCAUAAUUAUCCACAAAUUGGCUCUUUAUUGGUUUUUUUACCUGGAAUUUCUGAAAUAAUGUUCUUAAAAGACAUUUUAAAAGACAAUAGAAUUCUGUCUCAAAAAUUAGGAAAAUACCUUAUAAUUCCUCUCCAUUCAUCUUUGUCAAAUGAAGAGCAAAGCUUAGUAUUUAAAAAAACUAAAGAUGGUAUUAGAAAAAUAGUACUUAGUACAAAUAUUGCUGAAACAUCUGUAACCAUAGAUGAUUGUGUUUUUGUCAUUGAUACUGGAAAAAUGAAAGAAACAUAUUUUAAUUCAAAUCAAAAUAUGGAAAGCCUUGAAAUGUGUUGGAUUUCCCAAGCGAAUGCACUUCAGCGAAUGGGUCGAGCUGGUAGGACAAUGCCAGGAAUUUGUAUACAUCUUUACACAUCAUUUAGGUUCAAGCAUAGUUUUCUAGCACAACCAAUUCCUGAAAUCUUGAGAAUUUCAUUGGAACCAUUGCUUCUUCGUAUUAAAAUUCUAUACAAAGCUGAUAAUAUUGAUCUGUAUAAAAGCUUAGAAAUGAUGCUAGAGCCACCUUCCCAAAAUAGUAUUUCAACUGCUAUCAAAAUAUUGCAAAAUGUUGGUGCACUUGAUCCAAAUUGUAUGCUAACUCCAUUGGGGCACCAUUUAGCAGCUUUACCAGUUGAUGUUAGAAUAGGCAAAUUAAUAUUGUUUGGAGCUAUUUUUUGUUGUGUGGAUUCUGCUCUUACUAUUGCAGCUUGUUUAUCAUAUAAAAAUCCCUUCGUUACUUCUUUUGAGAAGAAACGUGAAGUCAAUGUAAAAAAAAAAAAGUAUGCAAUUGGAAAUUCUGAUCAUUUGACCAUUUUAAAGGUAUAUAAGAAAUGGAUAGAAAUAAAUUCAAGAGGUAAUGAUGCUAGACAAAUUUUUGCACAUGAAAAUUGUUUAUCUAUACAAACUUUGCAAACUCUUGCUGACAUUAAGCAUCAAUUAUUGGAAUUACUAGUCUCUAUAGGUUUUAUUCCCGUUAACAUAAAAAAAUAUCCUACAGGACAGGACAAAGUUCUUGAAUGUACAGGUAUUGAACUUAAUGUUAACAAUGACAAUUAUACUCUCUUACAGGGUUUGCUUUGUGCUGCUUUAUAUCCAAAUGUAGUAAAAGUAUUUACUCCUGAAAAAUCAUUUCAAAUGCAAUUUUCUGGAGCUAUUCCACGGCAGCCAAAGCCUGAAGAACUACGUUAUCAAACAAAAGAAGAUGGAAAAGUUAAUAUUCAUCCAUCUUCAAUAAACUCCUGUGUAGGUUUUUAUACUAGUCCAUAUUUAAUUUUCCAAGAGAAAAUUAAAACCAGUAGAAUAUUUAUUAAAGAAGUAACAAUGGUACCUGUAUUAUGCUUAAUAUUAUUCUCUGGUUCUGGUAUUGAUAUACAGUUACAUAAUGAUACUUUUAUACUUUCAUUGGAAGAUGGAUGGAUCAUGUUUGCAGUUGAAUCUUAUAGAAUAGCAAAACUUUUACAGUGUGCAAGAACAGAAUUGGUAAAAUUAUUACAACAAAAAAUGGAAGACCCUUUAUUAAAUCUUUUGAACCAUCCACAUGGAAAAAAAAUUAUAAAAACAAUUGUUAGAAUACUAACAGAUGGAUAAGGAAUUUCAUAUUAUCUGUAUUCAAAUAAAUUCAAUUCAAUUUAUUUUAUU